AUGAAAGUAUUGGUUAUUGGCCUUGGAGGUGUAACAAAUGGGGGGAAAACAACGCUGGCAGAAAAGCUUAAGAAAAUGCUUCCCAACUGUGAUAUAAUCUCUCAAGAUGACUUCUUCAAGCCAGAGUCUGAAGUAGAAACAGAUGAACGUGGAUUUAAGCUAUAUGACGAACUUGAUGCCCUCUAUAUGGAUGAAAUGGUGAAAAGUAUUCACAAUUGGAUGAAAAGACCAGCAAGCUCAGGUGUUGUGACAGAAGAGACGCAGAAUACAUGUGACAAUCUGAAAAAUAGAGAUGACAUUUAUAUUUUGAUUGUAGAAGGCUUUCUGCUAUACAAUUAUGAGCCGCUUAAUGAACUAUGGAAUAGAAGAUAUUUUUUGACCCUUCCUUACGAAGAGUGCAAAAGGAGAAGGAGCACCAGAGUCUAUCAGCCAGCAGAUACACCGGGGUACUUCGAUGGACAUGUGUGGCCUAUGUAUCUGAAAUAUAAAAACGAAUUGGAAGAGAAUUCAAGUAACAUUGUUUAUUUGGAUGGCACAAAACCCAAGAGGAGCUUCUGUCCUGUGUGUAUAGUGAUAUAA